CUCUACUUUAGACCUACCCGUAUCUACUCACCUACCUACUUCCAUCUCUCUGUCAACUCAAUUCCUCGUUGCCUUGUUUUGGGAACCAGACUUGUCCAUCUCAUCCUUGAGCCUCUUCUGCCAAGUCUGCAGGGAGUCGAGACGAAUUCCCAAAGUUGCCUAGCGUAUAUCUCACAACAUCAGACGAGAGGGACGUACAGACGUCCGACAGUCUGUACCAUGCAAUUGUGCCCCAAGGAGCUCGACAAGCUCGUCAUAUCGCAACUCGGAGUCCUUGCACAACGUCGUCUUGCUCGAGGCGUCAAGUUGAACCACGCAGAAGCUACAGCCCUGAUUGCAAACAAUCUCCAAGAACUCGUCCGUGAUGGCAACCAUACAGUCGCAGAUCUCAUGGCCAUUGGCAAGACCAUGCUCGGUCGCCGCCAUGUCCUUCCAUCCGUCGUCACGUCGCUGUCUGAACUCAUGAUUGAGGGCACUUUUCCCUCUGGCACAUAUCUUGUCACAGUCCACCAUCCCAUCAGUAGCGAUGAUGGCGAUCUCGAAAGGGCUCUCUAUGGAUCUUUCCUCCCCGUACCCUCCAACGACCUGUUCCCCCUACCGGAAGCGGCUCUGUACGAGAGUACGAAACAGCCUGGCGCCGUCAUCGCCGUGAAAGGCGAGGCGGGUGUGAUCAGAUUGAACGAGGGGCGCAACAGGAUCAAACUUAGGGUGAAAAGCACUGGGGAUAGACCCAUCCAGGUCGGCUCCCAUUACCAUUUCGUGGAAACGAACCCCCAGCUAUCCUUUGACCGCGUCCGAGCCCAUGGUUAUCGCCUAGAUAUACCCGCUGGCACUUCCGUCCGAUUCGAGCCUGGAGAUACCAAGACUGUGACACUGGUACAGAUUGCGGGAAAGCAAAUCAUAAAAGGAGGAAACGGUUUGGCCUCGGGCCACAUUGGAGAUGUGGAGGUCAUUCAGGGAUUGGAAGAGCGCAUCAAGGCCGCAGGAUUCUUGCACGAACCCGAACCGGUUGGAGACCAAGCGCACAUCGACAUUUGCACCAUGGAACGCCAGGCAUACCUCAGCAUGUUCGGACCUACGACAGGCGACCUCGUCAGACUCGGCGCAACCGACCUGUGGGUAAAGGUGGAGAAAGAUAUGACAACCUACGGCGACGAGUGCUCCUUCGGUGGUGGCAAGGUGCUGCGAGAAGGGAUGGGUCAGGCUGGUGGCCGGUCUGACGCUGAUACUCUGGAUACUGUCAUCACGAACGCGCUAAUUAUCGACUGGACGGGCAUCUACAAAGCUGAUAUUGGCAUUAAAGACGGAAUCAUUGUUGGAAUUGGCAAGGCUGGCAACCCAGAUGUGAUGGACGGCGUGCACGCGAACCUCAUCGUCGGCGCCUGUACAGAUGUCAUUGCUGCGGAGAAGAGCAUAGUGACGGCAGGCGGAAUCGAUACGCAUAUCCACUUCAUCUGCCCUCAACAGGCUGAAGAAGCAAUUGCUUCUGGUAUCACGACCAUGCUGGGAGGUGGCACAGGACCAAGUACCGGCACAAAUGCGACCACCUGCACGCCUGGAAAAACGCACAUCAGACAGAUGCUCCAGGCGAUCGACGAGCUACCUCUCAACUACGGCAUCACGGGCAAAGGAAACGAUGCAGAGCUACUACCUCUCCGCCAGCAGGCCGAAGCCGGCGUCUGUGGCCUCAAGCUCCACGAAGAUUGGGGCAGCACGCCCGCCGCCAUCGACGCCUGCCUGACAGUCUGCGACGAAUACGACAUCCAGACGCUCAUCCACACCGACACGCUCAACGAGUCCGGCUUCGUCGAGCAAACCAUCCAAGCAUUCAAGAACCGCACAAUCCACACAUACCACACCGAAGGCGCGGGUGGAGGCCACGCCCCAGACAUCAUCAGCGUCGUGGAGCACGACAACGUGCUGCCCUCGUCGACGAACCCCACGCGUCCCUACACGCGCAACACGCUGGAUGAGCACCUCGACAUGCUGAUGGUGUGCCACCACCUCUCCCGCAACAUCCCCGAGGACGUCGCGUUCGCGGAGUCGCGCAUCCGGGCGGAGACCAUCGCGGCGGAGGACGUGCUGCACGACCUGGGCGCGAUAUCGAUGAUGUCGUCGGACUCGCAGGCCAUGGGCCGCUGCGGAGAAGUCAUCCUGCGCACCUGGAACACGGCGCACAAGAACAAAGUGCAGAGGGGCACGCUGCCCGAGGACCAAGGCACCGGCGCAGACAACUUCCGCGUCAAGCGGUACAUCAGCAAGUACACGGUCAACCCGGCCAUCGCGCAGGGCAUGGGACACCUAAUCGGCAGCGUCGAGGUCGGCAAGGUGGCUGACCUCGUGGUUUGGAGUCCGCAGAACUUUGGCGUCAAGCCGAAGCUGGUCGUCAAGAGCGGGUUCUGCUCGUACGCGCAGAUGGGCGAUCCCAACGCCUCGAUCCCAACCGUCGAGCCCAUUCUCAUGCGCCCCAUGUUCGCGCCCCUCGUGCCCCAAAGCAGCAUAACCUUCGUGUCCGCCGCGUCCAUAGCCAGCGGCGCGAUCGCUACCUACGGCCUGCGCAAGCGCGUGGAGGCGGUCCGGAACUGCAGGAACAUCGGCAAGCGGGACAUGAAGUUCAACGACGCGAGGCCGAGGAUGAGGGUGGAUGCCGAGAGGUACACGGUGGAGGCGGACGGGGUGGUGUGCGAGGCGGAGCCGUCGGAGACGUUGCCGUUGACGCAGGGGUAUUUUGUGUACUGAGGAGUUGGAUGUGGUUGGGGCUGUUGGGUAGGCAGUUGUUGGGAUUGGAGAUGUUGGUGUUGAUGUGCUAUGCUGUUUUACACGCUACGUUGGAGUAUAUCAAGCGCCAUACUACGUAUCUAGGUAGAGAUUGGAUGGAAAAGAAAAAGAAAGGAAAAACAAUCAAGCGCGUUCCUCAAGUACUGUGUUAUACUGCUAACUACCUAGAAGUACCUUUAUACACCGUAAUAUAAA